AUGACCUGGGAGGAGGCCUUAUACUACUGCAGACAUCACCACCAUGACCUGGUCACCAUCACUAACAUGGAUGAACAGAGAUGGGUCCAGGAGAAAACCAAGAAUGCCUCCUCUCCCUUUGUGUGGACUGGACUGCGCUACACCUGCUCUCUGGGGUUCUGGUUCUGGGUCAGUGAUGAGGUGGUCCACUACAAGAACUGGGCCUCACCUGGACAGGUGAAUGAGUGUGACAUGUCAGGAGCCAUGGAGACAGGAGGAGAACACAAGUGGUUCAAGAAACAUGAUGAGGAGAAGUUCAACUUUUUCUGUUCCACAUCUUAA